CAUUGCAACCCAGCAACGCUAGCAAAAAACUAGAAAGAAAACAAAAACAGCAUAACAAUUUGUCGUAUUAUGCCGGUGAUCAAAAUUAAACUUUUUCGUCACGCUUGAAAUUAUCAAAAUUUAAAUUAACUGCAAAAUUUUCCGUCAAUCAUCAUGAAUCAAUCGCAACGAGACAAAAAUGACCAAGCGUGCAGAACGGCAGAGCAGUUUUCCGAGUUGUACUACGACUGCAUGGACAAGAAGAGACACCUCAUCAAUAAACUGUACCUGGACACAGGUCUGCUGGUGUACAACGGCAACGGAAUCAGCGGCAAAGACAAUAUUCAGAGUUUCUACGCCGAAAUGCCUCCGACGAGCCACACCGUGUCCUCGUUGGACGCCCAGCCCAUCAGCGAGUUUGCUGUCGGACAGCAAACCACACUGACCAUUUUAAUAGCUGGCAAUGUCAAAAUCGGUGACAGGAAACCAGCCUUUUUUGUGCAGGACUUCACAAUCACAGCCCAAGAGGACAAGUGGAAAAUUGUCAGUGAUUGUUUCCGACUGCAAGAGCCGACAACUUAAAACUCUAAAGUGUUAUUGGUUUACGAAAUAACUAUUCAUAAUUGAAAUUUAAAAAUACAUAUUCAUAAUUGAAGAUCUUAAAUUUUGAAUUUUCUAUCAGAAAAUUUAUCACUAAUAAUAUUUAAGUAAUAUAAGGCAAAAGUAAGAUAAAACUUAUAAUUUAUAUAUUUUUGAAUUGCAUUAUAAAUGGUUUUGAUUUCUCACA